UCCCAAUGGCGAUAUCGCGAGACUAUAAUUACGAGCAUGAGAGCAAGAGCGAUCGAUUAUAUUUAGUGGAAAACGUUAUGGAGAUUUGUUUUCAAUAGUAAAUAUAUAUGCCCUAAAAGUAUCUAGUUUUACAUCCAAAAUAUAAAAAGUUAGUCUUCCCUUAUGAACUACUAAACUUUUUACACAACAAUCUGAUCCACUGCCGGAACUAUUGUUAUCCUGAAGUCUAUCGGGGUGACCUUAUGGUGGAACACCGGAGGAGAACGUCAGGAUCGUGGAAGGACAUUUCAAGAAGUAAACAUGUACCGAUUCUUAUCCAGGACUGUGAUUGCGGCACGGAACCCUUCCGUUUGUGUCUACGAGUUGUGUGCCUUACCAGCUAAAUGUGAAACGGUUUUCAGGUCACCAAAUGUAGGAGGAGUAAAUGCCUUCAGCACAGCUACAGUCAAACUCUGCGAGAAGAAAGACGAUGGCGUUGCCGUUAAUCAAGAUCAGACAACAAUUUCAGAUAAAGGGUGUGAUGAAACAAUGGUGACCGAUCCAAAAAAGGAGUUAGAUGUGUUAAAAGCAGAUGGUGGAGGGGCCCCACAGCAAAAGACAGAUGUUACAGCCGAGCCGGUAGUGGCAAAGCAGGCCCAAGUUAAGACUGCUGCAGCUAAGAUUGGGAAGGAAAAUCUCCUGGACCUUCUUGGAGCAAUGAAAGUGGAAGUUACAAGUAAACGUAAGCUCAAAAACCUGAAGACAAAGCAAAGCUUAGAGUCAGCUGUACAAUACAAACCUAAGCCUGAAGUUAUGGAGAGCACCAUCAGCAUGUUUCAGAAGGCGACAGAGGAGGCUUCGUCACAGAGUGAGGAGUUGGAUCCUGAUUUGACCGCAGCAGCAUCUGCUGCUGCUUCCACUCUUCCUAACCGUAGCCAGGCCGAAUCGGAGCUGCUCAGGCAGUUGAGGCAGCGCAAAGCGCUCACCGAGGCGCAGAAAAAGGGUGACAUGAACAACCUUGGAGAAAUUAUUGCGGACAUGAAAGUAGGAAAGAAUACCAGCCGUCAGAAUGCUUGGCCAGCCAAUCAGAUUCGGUUUGAUGAUGACGGACGAGGAUACACACAAGACAGAGGAAUCACCAGUGAGCUGGCUAGUGUCCGGAAAAGGAGGACUUUGUUUCCCGCAAAAAGACUUAACAUCUUCGCGCCCUCUACAGAUGUCACUGCAGUUGAAUCGGCACCGGCUAAACCAACUCUGUGGGAUGUGGAAUUUGCAAACCAGCUGUCUCUGUCAACCAAUCAAAUGCCACUUAACAGUUUUGAUGAAAUGAUCCAGUGGACUAAAGAGGGCAAACUGUGGCAGUAUCCAAUCAACAAUGAAGUUGGCCUUGAGGAGGAAGCUAGCGUUCCCUUCCAUGAGCAUGUCUUCUUAGAGAAAUACUUGGAGGAGGGUUUCCCACGUCAGGGACCAGUGCGUCACUUCAUGGAGCUCGUGGUGGCCGGUCUGUCCAGAAACCCUUACCUGACUGUGGAGCAGAAAAAGGAGCACAUCUUCUGGUUCAGAGACUAUUUCCAUCAAAAAGAGGAUGUCCUCAAUGACGCUGAGGUGUACCUCAACUAAACUCAAGAGAUUUGACAGUGUACCUUGUUGAUAUGGACAAAUAAAAAAGGACAGACUUUCACAGCGAGACUCUACAUCAGUUGUCAUACAUAUAAAUACAUAUUUAUAGCUUCUAUUAGAAAUGUGUUAGAGAUUUCUUUCUGGAAACCAGUCCACUGACAUUAAAUCACCAUUGUUGAAUCCUCAUUUUAAUGAGUAGAGCACCAAAAAGUGUCCAUGUCUUUUAAGAAAGUGAAAUAUUGCUGUCCAUCUAGAAUGAAACAUGAGAUCAAUAGUUAACUAGAACAAUUUAUUUUAUUUUCUGUCGUCCAUUUCUGCUUCACAGUUCUGAAAAAACACUAUUGUGCUAAAAUAUACAACCGUGUAUUUUCAGCUUCUGAAAUCCUGUGACUGUGUUCAUAAAGAAUUGCCUUUUUUACAAUAUGUUCCUAUCACAACAGCCCUUGUGACACAGAUGGGAUUAACUUAAGGUCAUGAAGUGGUGUGAUUGAAUAAUUGGUAUAAAUUGAUAACUUCUGCAGCAUGGGUUGCAUUAAAAACAACAGCAGGUCAUGAAAGUGGAUGGAUUAUGAAACACGUGAACAUUUGAAAAAGAAAUGGGUUGACAAAAAUAUUUUUCCUUUCUCUAAGUGCCCAAGGUCAUAAAAACACCCGAGAAUAUGAUUGAUGGUGUUUUCCCAGAUGUGGUGGAGAAAAAAGAAUCCGGUUCACAGAGAGCUUCUGAUCAAGUUUACAGUAGGAGCAUAAUUAGACCUUGAACUCGAUACACUCUGCAGGGGAAGUGGUUUUAAAGUUAAACAGAACUCUAAACAAUGUGCCACACGGAUUCCAUUGGGUCUAAAAACACCCUCCUCGAUCUAUUGUCUGACAAAGUGGAACAUGACAGGUUGAUGUUUAAAAGUGCCUCAUUUCCACAUUUUGUUCACUUACACUCAAGCACAGUGAUUGGCAUGAUAAGUUGUUGGCAACACUUCCUCAUUUCUAUUUGUUGGCGGCAUAUUGUACUUGAAGUGUAUUGGUGUGAAAACACGGCUCUUCUUGGAAAUUGCUAAAUAUAAAACAGUCCUCUAGAUGGUAGUGAUGGUAUCUAAGUCUAUGUUGAACUUGGACACUAAAGUUUCACAUCAAGCUCUGAAAAGAAGGUGAAAAUAAGCAGAUCCAAUUAAAUACUUCAUCUGCUGUGUUGUUACGCACUUUGUAGUAGCGUUUACGUAAAUAAAUGUGAUUAAGUCUUGACAAAUU